UUGUAUUUUUUCGACUGUAAUUUAUUAUAAUCUGUGGUAAUUUCACCAACACAUUUAAAUGCAGCUAAACCUUAAAUUACUUUUGAAAUGUGGGCUAAAGUAUAGUUAACGGUCCAAAAUAUAUUAUCACUCCUAUUUGCCAAUUUCAAUCGGCAUAGUCACACUCACUGGCUCAACUUAUCUUUACAUAUAAACUUGUGCAUUUGACACCUAUAUGCACGCCUAUAUAAAGAAGCGUUGCUCCUAUUUAUUGCAUAACCACUAGCAAAGAAGUAGAAUUAUAAUCUAUUCUUUCUUCGUGAGGCUGAGGGGAAAAAAUGGGUCUUUCGUGGUGUCAUUUUUUGCAAUUUUAUUUUUUAUCAUAAACAAUACAGCAACUCUGUGCAGCGGAGGAAUAACAAGCAGUUAUGUUAGGAAGGUGGAGAGUAGUGAGGAUAUGCCUCUUGAUAGAGAUGUAUUUAAAGCCCCUCAUGGUUACAAUGCACCUCAACAGGUUCAUUUAACGCAAGGAGAUCACGUGGGCAAAGGAGUGAUUGUUUCAUGGGUGACAAUGGAUGCACCCGGCUCAAAUACAGUAUUAUACUGGGAAGCCAAUUGCAAGAUAAAACAAAAAGCAAAAGGAACUGUCACUACCUACAAAUUCCACACAUAUAAUUCUGGCUACAUUCAUCAUUGCAGCAUCCAAAACUUGAAGUAUAGCACCAAAUAUUACUACACGGUUGGAAUUGGGCACUCAAAGCGAACUUUCUGGUUUGUUACUCCUCCACCAGUUGGCCGUGAUGUACCAUAUACAUUUGGUCUUAUUGGGGAUCUUGGACAAACAUACGACUCAAACAUGACACUCUCUCACUAUGAAAUGAACCCACAAAGGCAAGCAGUUUUAUUUGUUGGUGACCUUUCUUACGCAGAUAAGUAUCCAAAUCAUGACAAUAAUAGAUGGGAUACUUGGGGAAGGUUUGUUGAGAGAAGCAAUGCUUAUCAAUCUUGGAUUUGGACCGCCGGUAAUCACGAUGUUGAUUUUGCUCCUAAAAUCGGAGAACCAGAACCAUUUAAACCAUAUUUUCAUCGAUAUCCUGUCCCUUACCAAGUAUCAGGAAGUUCUUCUCCUUUGUGGUACUCAAUCAAGAGGGCAUCUACAUAUAUCAUCGUUUUAUCAACAUACUCCGCUACUUCUAAAUAUACUCCUCAGUACAAAUGGCUGGAGGCAGAGCUUAAAAAAGUUAAUAGAGAGGAAACUCCAUGGUUAAUUGUUCUUAUGCAUUGCCCAUGGUACAACAGCUAUGAGUAUCACUACAUGGAAGGCGAAACCAUGAGAGUAAUAUAUGAGCCUUGGUUUGUAAAAGCCAAAGUAGAUGUGGUUUUUGCAGGUCAUGUUCACGCCUAUGAACGAUCGAAACGUAUAUCGAACAUUGACUACAAAAUCGUAAGUGGGGAAUGUACUCCUGUGCACAACCCUUCUGCACCUGUCUGCAUAACCAUCGGUGAUGGAGGAAAUAUUGAAGGCCUCACCACAGAAAUGACGGAGCCACAACCUAAGUACUCAGCCUAUCGCGAGUCAAGUUUUGGACAUGCCAUAUUAGAUAUUAAGAAUCGAACUCACGCCUAUUAUGGUUGGCAUCGCAAUCAGGACGGGGUUUCUGCAAAAGCUGAUAGCUUCUUGUUCUUCAAUCGUUAUUGGCACCCAGUUGAUGAAUCUUAUUAAUUGCCAUGCCAUUCUAAACUUGAUUCUAGAUUUAAUGUCCUUAUUUCCCUCUUUGUUAAGACAAAUAAUUUGGAUUUUAUAAAUCCUUGUAAUAUUUCAGCCUCCUUGUCGGUUUCUGGAAUGUACGUACUGUUAAUUUGCUAGUGGAUGUGGUUUCCUAAAAUACCCAUUGUUAUCUGUGUAGCUAUUUUAUUGUUAAGUUGUGGACUACUUUGUUUAUAAGUUCUAGAUGAAGAGGUUUAUUGUGCUGGGAAAAUAAU